CAGCUUUCUGGGUAAAUUGUUUUUAAAGCUAUUUUUUGUCAGUUUUUUCAUCACCAAAAAUAUUUUCUGUCCCAGCUGCAUUUGGACGAAGAAGAAAUGAGUGAGACCUCUUCCACGUCAACUUUGAGAAGACAACAUCGAUACCGCACACGAGCUCCCUCCUCUCAGGUGGAAGAAAGCCUGUUUGGAAGAAACACACAGCCAGAUGAGUGUUUCUUUGUCGUUUAGAGAUCAUUACAUUCACCCUCGAAGGUAAAGGAUGCGCCAAUUCAGAAGCAGACAGGCAAGACUAUUCAAAUUGUCACCAAAGAUCUCAUACGCAAACUCAGGGUUCCAUGCAGGGAUCCCUCUGGACAGUCCAUUAUUCUACCAUCGGCUGACUUUGAGCAGAUCACUUCCAGGUCCAAGGUUCUCUCUCAGGAGGAGAGGGUAGCCUCGAUGGAGGCACAUAAGAAUAGGAAAGAGGCUGAAUUGCGGGCAGGCGAGGAAAGGAAGCGCCAGAUGUUAGAGGCCGACAUGUGCCGUCAGGAGAAGCAGGCUCUGAGUGAGGUGGAGCUGGAGGCUCACGAGCGAGUGCAGCAUCUGCUGGUGCGAGCCAAUGCCCUGAGAAUGGAGCAGGAGGAGGACAUUAGACAACUCAACAAGGCGAUUCUAGGUGCUCAGUGCCAAGCCACACGUGACGCCCAAAUCCAGGAGAAGAAACAGAUCCAGAUGGAGAUGCUGGAAGAGGAGAGGCGUCUGGAUGCCAUGAUGGAAGCGGAGCGCCGCAGACGUCUGGACAGGGUAGAGCAGAUUGAUGAGCUGCGCAAGCAAGAGAGGAUCAGUGGGAAACAACAAAUAUUCGAGCAGAUCCAGCAGCGUCAGGAGGAGAAGCUGGUGCAAGAGGAGCUGAAAGAGCAGGAGAAACAUCAGACCAGAGAGAAGCAAGCCAGAAUGAACCUGGAGGACCUCAGGGCCCGGGAGAAGAAGAGGGAUGAACAAAAGCAUCUGCACCAGGAGGUCAUGCGCAUCAAUGCUGAGACGCUGAGGGCACAGGAGCUGAGGAGAGAAGAGGAGAAGCUGGCAGACAUGAGAGAAAUGGAAUACAUCAAAAACAAACUGCAACGAGAGGCGGAGUAUGAAGCGGAACAGAAGAGAUUGAAGAGGGAGAAGGAGUUAGAGAUUGCCCGACUGAGAGCUCAGCAGGAGAGAGCGAGAGACCACAAGGCUGAUCAGGAUGAGCUCCGUGCCAAGAGGAACCAAGAGAUUGCGGACAGAGAAUGGAGGAGGAAAGAAAAGGAGUUGGCUGCUAAGAAGGUUCAGGAGGAGGCCAUGCUUCGAGCUGCUCGCCUAGACCAGGUUCAGCGUAAGGAGCAGCUCCUGUCCAUGGAGGCCGGCCGGGAGAAGGCCGAGUUUGAGAGGGUUUUGAAAGUUCAACAGGAGGCGAACGCCAGACAGAAGGAAGUGGACGAAAGGCAGCGUCAGAAAGCACUACGCCAAGCAGAGGCCAUCAGGCAGCAGGUGAAGGACUUGGAGCAAUUAAACGUUGCCAAGCGUAAGGAGACGUUGAAAGAAGCGGAUAAACUGAGCGAGGAGGCGCGACAGCGACACAAGCGCAUCAAUGAACUCAAACAGAGGAAGCUGAAGGAGCUCAAGGCAACAGGGCUCAGUGACAAAUAUUGCAGUGAAGUCGAAAGGAAGGCUUGGCUGCUUUGAUUCACUCAGAUUACAUCCACACAGCAUCAACAAGCAAGCACAAUCUUCAAUGUGAUCCAGAAA